AUGUCAGAUUCUGCCGACACUGAGCUCCCUCGUUGGGCACCAUCGUAUACUACAGUUCCUUUUCCUUCUCUAUCAUCAUCGUCGGCCACAGCACCAUAUCUAGCUCGUAGCGCGUCUUUCUCAACAGCCGCUCGUCGUCAUCGUCAGCAACCAGCAGACCUCGAGGCAUCUCACUCCAUGCAACAGUCAUCGCAGAACUCGUUCUAUUCGCCUAGUGUGGCAUACCAUUCCCCAUCGAUGGCCCCAAAUAGUCUUUCUUCACCAGCUUCAGCAUCGGCAGAUCCAUAUUCUGAUAUCUCAAGGUCUGGUCGUUCACCCCUUCGUGGUCCACCUGCAUCCAAUUCCGGUUCACUUCUUGACCCUUACUCGCCCCAGCAUUCGUCUCAAUACUCGCCAACAGCAAACACUGCCUAUCCUUAUGCGGCAGCUUCUGAUCAACGACCACAUCCACCUCCACAAUCGAACUAUUCCACCCAUAGUCGAUCGCAUUCACAAGUCAAAAACGAGCCCAUGUCCCCUCCAGUCAAUCCGUCCUACUCACCUCAGACACCACUACAUCCUGGUUCAGUCUAUUCUCCAGCAUCUUAUGGGAUGGACACAAGUAGUCCCGGCCUACCACAACCACCAAGUCAUCUGACACCUCAUGCAGCAAGAAAAAACUCGGUCUCUCAACCUCCAACCCCAUUAUCAUACAUGAAUCAGAGUUCCUCAGCGUAUUAUUCUCAGGAGCAAAACAUGCAAGUCGACCCACCACAACGACGUCGGGCGUCUGGUUUCCGACGAGUACGUGAUGCACGCGAUAUCCAACCACGUCUGGAUGCUCCAUCAACGGAUCGAAGGAUGGGCAGCGACGGACAUUAUAUCUCGCCUUUGCAACAAGUCACCGUUAACCUUGUCGACACAUACCACAUCUGCAAUCCACAAUUUAGAUACGAGUCCACCCACAACCCAAGACGUGUUUUAACCAAACCAAGCAAACCUGCUCACAACGAAGGAUACGACAAUGAUGACUACGACUAUAUUUUGUAUGUCAAUGACUGGUUAGGGACAGAGGAGGGCCACAAGUAUCUUAUUCUGGAUAUCCUUGGUCAAGGUACCUUCGGCCAAGUGGUCAAGUGCCAGAAUAUGAAAACACACGAGAUUGUGGCAGUCAAAGUCGUCAAGAACAAGCCUGCGUACUUCAACCAGAGUAUGAUGGAAGUCACCAUUCUAGAGCUGCUCAAUAAGCAAUGCGAUCCCAAUGACGAACAUCACAUACUAAGACUUCGUGAUUCGUUCAUUCAUCGGAACCACCUGUGUCUUGUCUUCGAGCUUCUAUCUUCAAACCUAUACGAGUUGAUCAAGCAAAACCAAUUUCAAGGUCUGAGUACGCAGUUGGUGAAGGUGUUCAUGGCACAGCUGUUAGAUGCCAUGACUGUUCUCAAGGACGCCCGUCUUAUCCAUUGCGAUUUGAAGCCAGAGAACAUUCUGCUAAAAACGCUCCAGUCACCUCAAAUCAAAGUAAUCGACUUUGGUUCAGCGUGUCACGAACGACAGACUGUGUAUACAUAUAUUCAGUCCAGAUUUUAUCGUUCCCCAGAAGUCCUCCUAGGGCUCUCAUACUCCGCCGCCAUUGAUAUGUGGUCUCUCGGCUGCAUUGCUGUCGAGUUAUUCCUAGGGCUUCCGCUCUUCCCUGGAACCAGCGAAUAUAACCAGCUGACUCGGAUAAUAGAGAUGCUCGGAAACCCUCCGAACAGCAUGCUGAAUAUCGGCAAGCAGACGGCGCAAUUCUUUGAUUCGUACGAAACCUACAACCCUCAUACAAAUCAGACCGAAAAAAAAUAUCGGUUGAAGUCCAUUGAACAAUAUUCCCGUGAGCAUGGUACCAAUGAGCAACCGGGGAAACAGUACUUCAAGGCCACCUCGUUACCUGAAAUUGUCAAUACUGCACCCAUGCCUCAAUCGAAGACACCCUCAAGAGCUGCACAUGAACUAGAAAAAGAAAUGAACAAUAGAGCAUCAUUUAUCGACUUCUGUCAAGGUUUACUGGACUUAAAUCCUGUCACGCGGUGGACACCACAGCAGGCCAGAUUACAUCCAUUUAUCACCGGAGGAAAAUUCUUAAAACCCUUUGUGCCCGAUACCCUCACGCAGGGUCAACAAGCUGCCGCUGCCACCUCCACCAGCUCUCCCAAUCCCAAGCAGCCUUUCGGGGGGCUCCUACCCUCUCAGCCGAAGGGCACCAGGGCAUACCAAGAUGCAGCAUCUUACGAUCAACAUCUGAGGCAGCAUCAAGCCUAUACCGCACAAGCUCAAAGUCAAGCUGCGAACACCUUCCGUAACCCGUACCUCAAUCAAGCCCAACAGCAACAGCCACAGCCACCGCAACAGCCAUCUCAACCGCCGGUGUCGACGUACUCGGGUCAAUCAGAACAACCUCACUCAUUCCCUCAACCCCAACCUUACGGAGGGGGAACUCAGCCAUCCAGCACAGCGCAUAACAGGCUUCCACAUCAAAACUCAUCGGGGCAUCUCAACACCAGCGCUUCAGUCGGAAGUUACUCAAACCAUCCGCCCCUAAAUUCUUCCGUGAAUCCCAACGUACCGUCAACAUCCUACUACCCCAAUCAGCGUAACCGUGCCAACACCAUAAACCAAAUGGAUGCAGUCCCGCCGGCUCUUGCACGUUUGCAACACAUGAACCAAGACGUUAUUGCAGGCAGAAACGCUUUGACUCCAGUAUUGAAUCGAGACGAUGCGAUGAAGGAAUGGGAAAGAAGGCAGUCCGGGAAGGCGACGGCUUCUCAGCCAUACCCUCAGUUAGAGUAUCUCCAGCAGCAAGCAGAACUUGCAGCUGUAUCCGGUUUGUCGAGUUGGGGAAGUACAGGGUCCUCGAGAUACCCUCCUCCCUCCAAACUAUCUCACUCGUACAACGCAAAUUCCAUGGAAGAGGAUACCAGUCGACGUGACGCUGUCAUGUCGAAUGUCCGGUCUGCUGCCCGCGGGGAUGGGAAUGGAGCUGCUAUGUACGGCUCUGGUGAGGUAAUAUCCAAUCCUCCGCAAGCAUACAACAGCAGCUCCACUUCGGGGAAUAGGUAUGCCAUGACCUACACUCAACCGCCUCAGCAGCAACAACAAGCAUCACCGAGUGUCUUUGACUCUGAUAGAAGAACGAACACAGGAAAUAUGUAUGUUCCUAUGCAACCGGAUUCCUACCAAUCGUACUCCAAUGUCACGCCGUCGUCCGCAGCUGCCGUUGCUGCUCGGCACAUAGCACCUGCAACGCAAGCUAUCCCACCAUCGUUCUAUGGCGCUGGGGUAGUUUCACCAGGACAAGCAUUGCCUCAGAGCCAGCAUCGAAACCCGUUUUCAUUAAACGAGUCUUCACCGCAGAUGUCCAACGCAAAAGAUGGUAGGAGGGAUAGUAAUGGAAUGGAAAAUUGGCCAAGAUGA